AAUCAGAUAAUGCUUCCGUUUUUACGUUAUGAAUACAUUACGCUCAUAACAUUGAAAUAUCUUCACGAUUACUCAUCCUUUCUAUUCGCAUGUGCAAAGAAUAUAAUGUUUCUAUAGUUUGGGUCUUAUAAACGAGCAUCAUUUUUAAACUAGUAUGAGAAUCAACAGACGUGCUGCAAACUGUUAAUCGGAAAUUUUACUUGUCCAUUAGUUGAUCACGCACAGUGGCAUUUGGCGAUCAUCCUCUCAUGAGACAUUAAACAAUCACCAUCACUAUCCCCCAAAUCGUUCCCUAACUGUGUGACCUAUCCUUCUUGCUUGCCUGCCUGGACCGUGUAACCCUUGUUCAUCAAUCAUCAUAGGGGACUACCGAGAAAUUGACAGGAUGGAGACGGAAACCACGGUCACCACCAGGGUCUUCAGGCCGUUCAAGAUCACCGCGCUCGUCCUGUGCAUCCUUGCUGCGAUCGGGAGCGUGGCGUCCAUCGUGAACAACGCCUGGGUGGUGUCUGCCAGCUUCAAGCAGGGGCUGUGGCAGGAGUGUUACAAUGGCACCAGAGUCAUCGUCCCUGGUCAACCAACGACAGGCACCGAACCAAUGCAGUGCUACUCAGCAGAACCUUCAGCAUGGUUGACAGCAGCGAGAGCUUUUGCCCUGGUAUCUCUUGUUAUUCUAAUCAUCGCUAUCUUUGCUGCCAUCAUAUCAUUCGUCAAGGGUCAGCAAUUCUCAAGAAUCUUCAUCGUUGCUGGGGUUCUAGCAUUAUUGGCUGCCAUGUGCCAGCUUCUUCCUCUCAUCAUCUUCCCGACAAAGUUCCUCGCUGGGGAUGUGGUUCUUGGCAGGACCAACUUUGACCUUCACUGGGGAUGGGGUCUUGCCCUGGGCGUCUUUUUCAUGGAGGUCGCGGCAGGCAUCGUAUUCAUCGUCGCCCCGGACACGCAAGAGAUCCACUACAGCGAGAAGACGGUUUAUACUAACGGAGGCACCAUGGAGUGAUACAUGUAGCGACGUGAGAGGUAACUGAUGAACUUUUUACAAGAUCAGUAAACCAAGAUGGACGUCUGUGAUUCCUGUCCACCCUAAAACAAAAUUCAAGACCUCUUCUUGUAUCCAGAGCUGUGGCCCUGUAGCCCCUUCUUAAAGCCUAUCUGCACUUGUUUGGCCAGGAGGGAUUAGACCUCCCUGCAAGGUCACUGGCAGGUGGUUAUCUCAUCAAAUCAGUUCUAAGUUAACAUAAGAUAAAGGGUAUCAUGGGGGAUCAAGGGGUACUGCUUAGGCAUUGUUGACUGCAUAGAGGGCGCAAGUAGAUAUAAGUAGUGCAGUGGGGCUUUAAUACUGACAUGGAACCUCUCCUAAAAGGUAUUAACCUAUUGAAUACAAAGACUGAGAUAACUCGAACUGCGAUAUUUUAAGUCAAAUUGUAUCCAAUGGGCUAAAGUUGCCAUGUGAGGGACUUUGAAUCAACGCUUAAGAACUUUUCAUAAUCAGAAUUGCUCAGCCUCCUGAUUUCAUUUUAAAAGGGCCUUUGUUAUCAUAGUUACAGGCUACAAUUGAAUGCGAUGGGUUUAGAAUUACUCUUUGAGUUUAUCAGAGCCUUAUACUAAUCAUUGGUCACUCGUUGCGAUCCAUUGUUUUAGCUUAUUAUUAUUAUUUGUUGUGUAAAGCCCUCCCUUUAUUGUGGUACAUCCAGGUUACACACAUGAUACUAUUAACAUCACCUGUUGCCACACACAUGUUCUGUUACGAUGCUCUGUAUUCAUCUCAGUGCAAAACAACCAUAAGCAAGACUUGUAUAAAGUCAGGCAUUGAUCUAUACAACCUACAUGUCCCCCAAAUAAUUAGCUAUUGCAAGUGCUUGCAGCAGUCAUCGACAGUCGACACACUUGGGUGAUACAUAUAUAGAACUGCAAUUUAGAACAGGGUGAUAAUAUCUUUGCAUGGUAUCAAAUUUGCCACCUUUCAGUGGUUCAUGAAAUUCAUAUGAAAACACAGAAAUACCAGCUUAUUAUUUAUU